AUGACUGAGCUUUUAGUUCCUGAAAAACUCGAUACCUUGCAGCUGGCUGCGGCCGCGAAAGCAGUUGCUGCAGGCAGUGUGUUUGGUUCUGCUAUUAAAAUUACAGUUGGGCCAACUGAGUUUGUUACCCUGGUCGUUGACGAUGGAGCUCGUAUCGUUGAGCCGAAUGCGAUGGUUCGCUAUCUUUCUGAGACUUCUGGUCAGUUCGAUAUUUUGAUUGAUUUUGAAGAGCAAAGUAUUUACCCACUUGUCAAAAGUGUAAAGCCUAUUGACGCGGAAACAGCUGCAAAGCUUGGUCCUUUGCUUCCUCAGAGUUUGACCCCUGCUGCGGUAAUUCUCUUUGGAUCUCUGUACGCUUUGGUUAGCGCUCGGUCGAAGACUGCUUUGGCUGUUGAUGCCCCGACUCUUAUGUGGUAUCAGCAACAGCUGAACACUCCCCGAGUCAAGAAUGCUCUUGCUUCUCUUUCCAAGCUGCCCUAUGACAAGCCUGCCACGAACCGUGCUUCAGGCCGUGUUCCCUCGCAAGUCUUGCCCAAGCCUGCCGCUAAGGAUGUCCCCAAGGAAGGUAAAGAAGCUGCAAAAGAAGUGAAGGAGGCUCCUCCCAAACCUGAGCGAACUGGCGCCAAGAAAGUUAAUCAAAAGGUCGCUCUGGUUAAACCCGAAGGUAAGAUCUUACCCAAGGAAGGAGAGGAUAACUACCUCAUCACGUCCGCAUUGCCCUACGUGAACAAUGUUCCUCAUUUGGGCAAUAUUAUCGGCAGCGUCUUGAGUGCUGAUUUCUUCGCCCGCUAUUGCAAGGGCCGUGGAUAUAAUACUCUGUUCAUUUGCGGUACUGACGAGUACGGUACUGCUACUGAAACUAAGGCUAUCGAGGAGAAUGUCACGCCGCUCGAACUUUGUACAAAAUAUCACAAGAUUCACAAGGAGGUUUACGAUUGGUUUGAUAUUGGGUUCGAUCACUUUGGUCGAACCUCAACACCUGAGCAGACCAAGAUCUCACAGCAGAUUUUCACGGAAUGUUACGAGAACGGCUAUCUUGAAGAGCAUGAGCAGGAGCAGCUCUACUGCACUAAGCACAAGGGUUUCCUGGCUGAUCGUUUCGUUGAGGGCACAUGCCCGAAGUGUAACUACGAUGAUGCUCGGGGCGAUCAGUGUGAUUCAUGUGGUCAGUUACUUGAUCCUAUGCAGCUGAUCAACCCUCGUUGCAAGCUAGACGGCACCACUCCUGAAUCUCGUGUCACUAAGCACAUGUAUCUUUCGCUGCAAAAGUUACAGCCAAAACUUGAGAAGUGGAUUGAAGGCAAUGAUACUGAGAAGCGAUGGUCGAAGAACUCCCGUGUUAUUACCCAGUCGUGGCUUCGUGAUGGCUUGCUACCCCGCGCAAUUACCCGCGACCUCAAGUGGGGUGUUCCUGUUCCGUUGGUGGGUUACGAGGACAAGGUUCUUUAUGUGUGGUUUGAUGCUCCUAUUGGGUAUCCUUCUAUUACCGCUACAUACACUGAGGACUGGGAGCUGUGGUGGAAGAACCCCGAAAAUGUUCGCUUGUUCCAGUUCAUGGGUAAAGACAACGUUCCCUUCCACAGUGUUAUUUUCCCGUCUUGCGAAAUUGCGAGCGGAGAGAAAUGGACUAUGCUUUCAAACUUGAGCACAACUGAGUAUCUUCAGUAUGAAGGUGGUAAGUUUUCCAAGUCCCGUAACUUGGGUGUCUUUGGCAAUAACGCCAAGGACAUCGGUAUUCCCGCAUCCGUCUGGCGCUACUACCUUGCAUCCGCGCGUCCCGAAACCUCUGAUUCUCAGUUUUCGUGGGCAGACUUUGUUGCCCGUAAUAACUCCGAACUUUUGGCUAAUUUGGGUAAUCUUGUCAACCGUGUUGUCAAGUUUUCCAACGCGAAGUACAACGGCGUUGUUGCAGAGUUUAACCCUCAAGAUCUCAAUGAUUACAAUGUAUUUGUUGCCGAUGUCAAUGAUUUGCUGAGCAAGUACAAUACUGCAAUGGCUACCCAGCAGCUGCGUGAAGGUUUGGAGUUGGGCAUGCGCAUUUCUUCUAGAGGUAAUCAGUUCCUUCAGGAGAAUAAGCUCGACAACACUCUGUUCUCUGAGCACCCAGCCCAAUGUGCUGCAGUUAUUGGUGUCGCACUGAACCUGAUCUAUAUCUUAUCUGCUGUCAUGGCUCCUUUCAUACCCACUGCAUGCGAGUGCAUGGUUCAGCAGCUUGAGGCUCCCCUGCGUAAGAUCCCUGAUGAGUUUGAUCUCGCCAUUGAGGGUGGUCACAACAUCGGUAAAGCUCAGUAUCUGUUCUCUCGUAUUGACGAUAAGAUGAUCGACGAGUGGAAAGCCAAGUACGGUUCUGGUUCUGGCGCAAAUGACGAGGCAAAGGACAAGAAGAAGAAGAACAAAAAGAAGAAGAGUUCUGCUAAGGAGCCUGUCAAGGAGCCUUCUAAGAAAUCUGCAAAUUAG